UCAACCCCCACGGACUUGGGUGCGCUAACCUGAAUUGAGUCCCAGUCCCCUCCGUAAUCCAUUCAGUUGGGAUUGAUUUCUGACAGGGCUCACUCGUCCUCACUUCUGUCGUGGAACCGUGUCAGGCUGGUGUUUCGCAUUCCGCAGUCCAAAAUCUAACAUCCAGAAUCCUGCCUGGAUACGGCACCCCGUCAGCUUGCAAUGAUCCCUCAAUGGAUCGCGCUGUGCGCAACCUGCUUCGUAUUCGGUGUUUGUGUACGAAGACGGUAUUUCUCCUCCGUCUCCGACAUCCCAGGACCUUUUCUGGCUUCGUUCUCGAAACUCUGGCAGCUGUAUCAUGUGUGGGAUGGCCAUACAGAGGCAGCAACACUCAAGGCACAUGAGAAAUAUGGCAAAUUCGUGCGAAUUAGCCACCGUGAAGUCAGCGUCAGCGAUCCGGAGGCAAUCAAAGCGCUGUUGGUUGCCCCGUUGCGAAAAGCGACGUGGUACCAGAUCUUCAAUCUUCCUGAUAGAAGAUAUGUCAACCAAAUGGGAGAAUUGGAUCCAAAGCGACAUAUACAAAAACAGCGUAAUGUCGCUUCAGGGUAUGCAUUCAGCAAUGUGAUUCAAGCCGAGCCGUAUAUCGAUGCGUUGGUGGGGAAAUUGGAAGCCCAAUUCGAUGCGUAUACAAAGGCUGGAAAGGAGAUCAAUUUCGACCACUGGUUUAACUUUUUUGGCUUCGAUGUGGUAGGAGAAGUCACUUUCUCCCGCGCAUUCGGUUUCAUCGAGCAGGGCAAAGAUAUCGGAGGCGCAGUUGCGAACACCCAAUUCCUGGCACUGUAUAUCGCAGUAAUUGGUCAUUACUACUGGCUCCACGAUAUCCUGUUGGCAAACCCACUCAUCAACUAUUUCAAUCUCGCUCCUAGCAAUCACAUCUUCGAUACCGCCCUUGCGGCCGUGGAUGCUCGGAAACGGAACCCCGAUGCCCGCAAAGACAUGAUAGAACAGUGGCUCCAGACGCGUCGGACCCAUCCCGAUCGGAUGGAAGAGAAGGAACUUCUUGCUGGUGCGGUGGUCAAUGUCGGCGCUGGAGCAGAUACCAUAAGCACGACGUUACAAAGCUUCUUUUACCACCUAUUGCGAAACCCGGAAGCAAUGGCUAAAGUUCGUGCCGAGAUCGAUGCGUCCGCUCGUAUGGGCGAGCUGUCAGAUGUUCCAAGCUACGCGGAGACUCAGAAGUUGCCAUAUUUUCAAGCAUGUAUCAAAGAGACAUACCGUCACUUCCCUCCAGUGGCUUUUGGCCUGCCUCGAGUUGCGCCUAAAGAGGGCGUUACAAUAGCUGGCCGACAUUUUGCUGAAGGGACAAUCCUCAGUGUAAAUUCUCAUGUGAUCCACAAGAACAAGGAAAUUUUUGGACAAGACGCGGACAAGUUUAAUCCGGAUCGCUGGCUGGAUCAAGAACGCUGGAGGGCCAUGGACAAAUAUUUUAUGACAUUCGGAGCGGGAUACAACCAAUGUCCCGGGCGACACCUAGCACAUUUGGAGGUGUCGAAAGUCACAGCGACUCUGCUUCGUGACUUUGACAUUGAACAAGUGAACCCAGGGCAGAGCUGGACAUUUAAGGCGAAAUUCACUGCCGUCCCAUACGGCUGGCCAUGUCGUGUCAAGCGCCGAAGUUGAAAUUGAGGCCCAAACUGGUGGAUCGCGCCGAUUUCGGGGACGGUUAUACGAAGUGCAUGGUUGGAUACUUACCUACCCAUGGAAUAUGUAUAAGGCAUACAUGAGGUAUACAGUACACUACUCUGCCGAUAUUACUGGUACUGCUGUUGGGAGGUCAAAGGCCAGUACGAAGGUGAAUAGAUCCACUCGCUACAACUUUCACCACUUCCUGUUUAUCUCGAAAGUUAUUGCUAUGCCCUGUUAAUACCGGAUGACGCCUAGUUAAGAGAAUUGAUAUAUGUCGACUGCAAGUUUAAUAU